AUGAUCGAGGCCCACAACUUAUCUACCCCAACACCCGUCUACGGCCUGCCUAUAAGCGGCGAUGAAAGACGAGACUUCGAAGGCGUAGGUGGAUGGCGCUCGUACCGAGCAUCCAAAACACGCAGCUCGCAUAGUGCGCACGAGAAAUCCACAAGCUCGACCUCUUCGUCUUCAACACAUAGCACCGGCGACGUCGAUGCAGACGAAGACAUCGACGCAGACGAGCGAGCCUGGCUUUCUUUAAACAAUCGUCUCGAGCUCCCCUCACAGCUCGUCACGCUAUGCACAAGUGUCCACUCCGGAAGCACCCUGAACAGCCCCGAAAGCGCCGACUGGCGCAAUGGCCGCAGCAAUUUCCAAUCGCUGACAGGAGCAACGGGCUCACAGGACAUCUACCGGGAGAAACAACAUGACGGGUCAAGACACCACCACCGUUCGCUCACGACAUCCUCACUAACGACCUCUGACCGACACACGGGAACGGGUCUCUCCCUAGCGCUGUCAACCAGGCCUGAUAACACAGCUGUUCAUUCGAGGGAGUACGGCCAAUCGAUGUCGUCGUCAACGGCACGACUCACGGCCCCGUUCGUGACGCCGCAGCCACACGCGAGACUCGAUUCGAACCCGCCUGCCCAGUCGAGGGCUCUCCCGCGCGCUUUCCAUGCUAGCGGUGCACCGUUCACGAGCUCAUAUCUCUCCAGCUUCGGGGAUGGGCUGGGCCACAGUUUCGGGAGCAAUGGUAGUGGCGGAAGCUUUGCGAACGGAAGUGGGGGUGGGUACUUUUCUUUGAGACGGCCUGGGUCCUCUGGUAGCCAUAUUUACUCUGGAAGAGUUAGCCCUAGUACUAGUGGAUAUACUACCCCCGCGGUUGGUCCGUCGACCGAAGAGCGUGAUGCUCCAUCGGUGGGAUUAGCGCGUUUGAUGGCGCAUUAUCCCACUAGCCCUAGGCAUCGGAGACAAAGUAUCUCUGGGCUGAAUUCGAAGGGGCUGGCUUCUGGGGAUCGAGUUGGAUAA